AUGGCUCCAACAUCGACACAGGAUUUCGAUGCUACUGCAUCCGUACCGGCCCCUGUUGACAGGACGAGACUGGAAGCAGGCAUCUACGUUCCGACCGUAGCUUUCUUCAGGAACGACGAGGAAGUAGAUGUCGAAACGACGCGCAAGCAUGCCUUGAGAUUGGCUAGCAGUGGCAUAAAAGGCAUUGGUAAGAAUGACGAUGUCCUCAGAAGAGAAUGUAUGCUAAUCAUGGUCNNAGUUACACAUGGUUCCAACGGAGAAGCCGCACACCUUAGCCACGAGGAACGUAUUCUUAUCACGCAAACGACCAGGCAAGCUCUUGACGAUUCCGGCCAUGACGUAAGACUCAUCGUAGGCUGCGGAGCCCAGACAACGAGGGAAACCAUAAAGCUUUGCAGGGAUGCUGCGUCUGCUGGCGGUGACGCGGCUCUUGUACUGCCGCCAAGUUACUUUGCAUCGCUGCUGUCUUCAAAGCUUCUUCUUGACCACUAUCGGAAGGUUGCUGAUGCUUCGCCAAUACCACUCCUGAUCUACAACUUCCCCGCAGUACAAAGUGGUAUCGAUAUAACGUCGGAUCAGAUUAUCGAGCUGGCGCAGCAUCCCAAGAUUGUAGGCGUCAAGCUCACGUGCGGUAACACAGGCAAGCUGGCUCGGGUUGUGGCUGCUACUAAGGGUUCGGAUUUCCUAACUUUCGGAGGAUCUUCCGACUUUCUUUUGCAGACUCUGGCGGUCGGAGGUGCUGGUGUGAUAGCAGGACUGGGUAACCUCGCCCCCGCAACGAACGUGCGAGCGAUGGUGGCAUUUGAGGCUGGCGAGCUUGAGCAAGUACGGGAGAUACAAGCCGUCCUGGCUGAAGCGGACUGGAUCGCGAUUAAAGGCGGAUUCGUAGCUGUGAAGGUCGGGCUCAAUGAGCAGUGCGGUUACGGAGGAGAGCCAAGGUCGCCGUGUGCAAUGCCUGAGGCAGACGUGCAGUCAGACAUGAAGGCCGGCUUUUCUCGACUGUUCGAGCUUGAGCGCAAAUUCCAGAAGCUUUAG